UGGUUUUUCUCUCUUUUGCUUUAUAUACUCCCCUACAUUAUCGUUUUCUUCCUCACAUUAAUCUCUGUAUUAGCUCUCACUAGACUCGAUCUCAGUUGCUAAUAUCUAUUUUCCAUUGUUAGUAAUGGCUGGAGAUAAGAAGAUUAAGAUCGGUAUCAAUGGGUUUGGAAGAAUCGGUCGUUUGGUUGCUAGAGUCGCACUUCAGAGAGAGGAUAUUGAACUCGUCGCCGUUAACGAUCCUUUCAUUACUACUGAUUACAUGACAUAUAUGUUUAAGUAUGAUACAGUUCAUGGUCACUGGAAGCACACUGAUGUCGCCGUCAAGGACGAAAAGACACUUCUUUUCGGUGAUAAGCCAGUCACUGUUUUCGGGAUCAGGAACCCAGAAGAGAUUCCAUGGGGUCAGACUGGUGCCGAGUUUGUUGUUGAAUCCACUGGAGUUUUCACCGACAAGGACAAGGCUGCUGCUCACUUGAAGGGUGGAGCUAAGAAGGUUGUUAUUUCUGCCCCCAGCAAAGAUGCACCCAUGUUUGUUGUGGGUGUCAAUGAGAAGGAAUACAAGCCAGAACUUGACAUUGUUUCCAAUGCUAGCUGCACUACCAACUGCCUUGCCCCCUUGGCCAAGGUCAUUAAUGACAGAUUUGGAAUUGUUGAGGGUCUUAUGACCACUGUCCACUCCAUUACCGCCACUCAGAAGACUGUUGACGGCCCAUCAAUGAAGGACUGGAGAGGUGGAAGAGCUGCUUCCUUCAACAUCAUUCCUAGCAGCACCGGGGCUGCCAAGGCUGUUGGAAAGGUUCUCCCAGCACUUAACGGAAAAUUGACUGGAAUGGCCUUCCGUGUUCCAACUGUUGAUGUUUCUGUUGUCGAUCUCACUGUAAGGCUUGAAAAGAAGGCAACAUAUGAGGAAAUCAAGAACGCCAUCAAGGAGGAAUCUGAGGGUAAGCUUAAGGGAAUUUUGGGUUAUACUGAAGAUGAUGUGGUGUCCACUGACUUCGUUGGUGAUAGCAGAUCAAGCAUUUUUGAUGCCAAGGCUGGAAUUGCUUUGAAUGACAACUUUGUGAAACUUGUCUCUUGGUAUGACAAUGAAUGGGGCUACAGUACCCGUGUGCUUGACUUGAUUCGUCACAUUGCUUCCACCCUAGCUUGAAGAAAUUGAUGAUAAAUGUUGAGUUCUGUAUUCGAGUCAAAUGUUUAGACGCAGGCUUUUAUUUAUGUUUAAAUAAAAAUUGAGUUGAGGUCUUCUGUUUUUGUUUUUUGGGAUUUUAGUUGUUAAGCUAUGGAGUUGUAAAACCAUUUUAAUUAUGGGAAGAAUUCCACCCUGUUUAGUAUAUCAGUAAGUUUCUUUCCCCCAA